UUGAUGAGAAGAUCAGCGCAGAUAUUUUGAGGUUUUACUAUUUGCGCAGAGGUAUACAAACAGCCCGUCGUAUUCGCAAGGUAUCUUGCGCCCAAAGUUCCCUACAGUGCGUGGCGUUGACAUUCCUCGAGCCUUUCUACCUACGCGACAAUAGAUGUUCAUGAACGAGUUCUGCCCGUACCGAGCCUUCCAAUCCAGCUGUGCAUUUCCUCUGCAUUCACUUCAAGGAUGACGUUCGAGCAGCUCUUCGCUGCCUACUUCGUCUCUCAGACCCUCUCCCUCACGACCUCUGCGGUUUCCCUCCCUCAUAUCGACAACUCAGCGAAUACUUUUCGUCCUGUGAAGCGGGCUGACCCCUCCUGGCACCCGAGCUGCGAUAAUCAUCCCCAGAUCAAAGAUGCCUGGCCCAGAGCGCUCCACAUGGCUCAGCACACCAUCGACGUUCUAACCAGUAACGACCCUUUCUCGAACCAGAACGCUGUCAACCAGAGUCCCUUCGAGCUCUGGUGGGAGCCAGCCCGGUUGAACCUGUUCGGGCAGAACAGCCUCACAUCUCACGAUCAGAUGCUAGGUAUACUAGUCUGCGAGAACCAAAAUCCAUCCCGGCUAACUAUCGAGGCAGAGUUCUACCAAAACAUUGCCAUCGGGCCGCCCGUAACAAUUGCUUGUGUAGACCCUCCCAACGGCAAGGGUGCCUCGCGGUGCGCAGAGUAAGUGACGACACUGCCAACAUGUCGCUUUUCUCUUUCUAAUCGCUCCGAAGAGAUAAAAACCUCUGGAUGUACCGUCUGAAGCUCGACCCGAAUGGCAACGCCGAUGAGUAUGCAGACGACAAGUCGGUC